AAACCAGUCUGGCCAUUCUCUGUUGACCUCUCUCAUCAACAAGGCAUUUCCAUCUACAGAAAUACUCAAACCAGCCCCUCUGGCACCAAAAAUCAUCCAUGUGAUUAUCUAAUCAGCCAAUCUUGUGGCAGCAGUGCAGUGCCUAAAAUCAUGCAGAUACGGGUCAGGAGUUUCAGUUAAUGUUCACAUCAACCAACAGAAUGGGGAAAACAUUUGGUCUCAGUGAUUUCAACCAUGGCAUGAUUGUUGGUGCCAGAGGGGCUGGUUUGAGUAUUUCUGUAACUGCUGAUCUCCUGGGAUUUUCACGCACAACAGUCUUUAGAAUUUACCCAGAAUGGUGCCAAAAAAAAAAAAAAAAAAACAUCCAGUGAGCGGCAGUUCUGUGGAUGGAAAUGCCUUGUUGAUGAGAGAGGUCAACAGAGAAAGUCCAGUUGCAAUUGAAAUUAUUCAACCCCCCCAAGACAGUAAGUAUUUACAAAUGUAAGCUUUUCUGAUGACCCAGAAUUUUUAAACUUUACAUCUAUAUCAGCUGAGUGACACAUUCAAAGUCAUAGUGUGAAUAUUUAACCUAAUAUUUCUAAAUAGCAGGAUUUUUUUAAAAUACAGCCAUGUCAUAAUUAUUCAACCCCUACUGCAUGUAGCUGUUUCUUAAAUAUGUAAGACUACACAAGUAAUUGUUUUAAAACAAAAUUAAGUCAUCAAUCUGCAAUGGCACUUAUUUAAGUUUUAAAAUGUAAGUUUAGCGGUGUAAGCAAAAAUGUAUUUCUAUGCAAAAAAUGCAAUUAAAAAUAAGAUGUCUCAAAAGCUAAUAGAGGAGAUUAUUUCAUUAUACAAGAAAGGUCAUGGCUAAAAGUACAUUUCCAAGGCACUUCAAUUUCCAGUAGACAAAGUUGGCAGCACCAUUCAUAAAUUUUUUAAAUAUGGUACAACAGCAACCUUCUUGGGGUGUGGAAGAAAGCAAAACUUCACCAAGGGAAAUGUUGACUUGAAUAUUCAAGAAGUAAUUAGGAAAGACCUGUGGAGUGCUGGAAGAAGGUUUUAUAGACGUAUGACACUAAACUGAAAAUGAGUUUUAGACCCAUGGGUCAGCAGUACGUCUGGAGUAAGAUGACAAGGUGAUGACAAGAACGACACCAUCCCCACAGUCAAGCAUGGAGGUGGAUCAGUCCUGUUAUGGGGUGUUUUGCGGCUGCAGGAAACUGCUAUCCUGACUAUGUGACUGACACCAUGGAUUCUUUCAGACCCUGAAAGAGGACAGAGUCAGAAGAUGGCUUACACCGUGGAGAGAUGAGUAAGGCUACCUGAAUUAUUUGUUUUUCCACCCAUGAGGUUGGAGUGCAUUGAAACGCACCUGAUCAGGUGAUCGGCUGGCCCUACAAGCAUGGGGAAACUACAGAGCAAGUUCCGCCGACGCUCGGACCUGUACAGGGCUAAAGAGAGGGCGGAGCUUGUACCUGUGCCCCAGGUAGUACAAUAUGAACCUGCCCACACAGAUGCUAUUAACUGUGUGACCAGCCUGACCUCUGACCUGUGUGUGUCAGGGGGGCAUGACCAGGCUGUUGUUGUGUAUGACUGGAGAGCUGGUAAAAUGUGUAAAUCAUUCCAGGGCCACAACAGAGAAGUUACUAAGUUGUGUUGUUUUACAGGAAAUAACUGGAUCUUCAGUGCGUCUCGUGAUAAGACAGUACUUAUGUGGGAUUUGGGUCGAGACAAAGAACCCGUCCAGGAUUUCUGUGGCCAUGAGCUUGUAGUUAAUGGAGUAGCAGUAAGUCCAGACGAGUCAAAGCUGUGCACAGGCUCUCGGGAUAACUCCAUGUGUCUCUGGGACAUUGAGUCAGGAAAAUGUCUACAGAGAAACACCGUCUCACGUAACCUGGUAACCCAUGUGUGCUGGGUACCAGGAAGCACAGCUAUUGUCCAAACCUCAGAAGACAAAACCAUCAGGGUGUGGGAUAGUCGUACCUGGCAGGUCACUAAUACAUUUCCAGCAAAGCAGUAUAUUCAGACUCACUGUGACAUCAGUCCAAACUGUUACCACCUCCUGUCGUCCAGCAACGGCUUCGGUGGGCAGGGCUGUGAAGCUACGUUGUGGGACCUCAGGCAGCCCGGCUGUAAGGUGACUGAAUACAGAGGGCACAUGCAGACGACAGCAUGCUGUGUGUUUGUGCCUCCUCGCCCCGGGUGUCCUGCCCUUGUUGCUUCAUCAUCAUAUGACAGCUCAGUAAAAAUAUGGGACCAGAACACUGCAGCAUGUUUGUGCACAUUAAUGUUGGAUGGCUCGGGGCCUUUGGUGUCUUUGGCUCCGUGUGACUCCAGAAGUCUUCUGUGUGCCAGUUUUAACACUGGACUCCACCAGCUUUAUCUUGAUCAGGGAGCAACGGUCAGCCUCAGUGAAGUGGCUCGCUUCUGACCUGCUGGACCAUCUGCAAAAACAAAGUGAACAGUUAAAGUUACAGCUUUAAGACCUGGAACUCCAGAGAUCGAGAAAUGUUAAUGUAUACUGCAUGGCCAAAAGUAUGUGGACACUUCCUAAUUAACAGGUUUGGCUAUUUCAGCUACACCCAUUAUUAGAAGCCGACCGAUAUGUCGGUUUUACUGAUUAAUUUAAGAACUAUUGGCCAAAUAAUUGGUUAUCUGCCUUUUCCACCACCUUUGUUAUCAGUAAUGGCAAAUUCCAUUAUUGGUCGACCUUUACCCAUUAUUACCAAAAGGUGCAUAAAAUCAAAUUUACAGUUACUUUUACACUUUUUUUUUGGCCAUGUAGUGUAUGAUCACCUGACAAGAUGAACCAAUAAAUGGGUGUAAAUGCAGCAUCCAAAUGGUACAAAGGAGAAUGCUUGGUAAACUGCUAAACUAAAUCAAAGAGACUAGCUUUCCACUUAGAUUUACUGGCAAUUGGUUUAGUUGUCCAAACAUAGCCAAGUUAGGUCAAAGAAUAAUCCUGGGAUAAGAUUAGGUGCUGUUCAUUUUGUUUUUGUUUUUAUAGUUUUGUGUUAAUGUCAGAACAAAUAUAGGCAAUAAAAUCCCAGUCCAUUGUGUUUUUGGAGACCUUACAUUUGCACUAGGUAAUGGCUAAGAGUUCAAAAACAAUUCUCUGACAAAAUCAUUCAUGAAGGACUUGACUUAUUUCUCUCUGGCUCUCUCAUUUUCCCACUCUUUUACUCUCCUACUUCAAACCUCAAAAAAGCAUUUGGACACGUUCGCCACACUUAAAGGGAUAGUUCACCCAAAAAUGGAAAUUCUCUCAUCAUUUACUCGCCCUCGUGCCAUCCCAGAUGUGUGAGACUUACUUUCUUCUGCAGAACACAAACAAAGAUUUUAAGAAGGACAUUUCAGCUCUGUAGGUCCAUACAAUGUAGAGGACUGCACAGGCCUUAAAAUUAAACCUGAACCCGACCUGUACCUGAGACCGUGUGGCCUGAGCCUACCCGGCCCGAAUGAUACCAUCAGAUUAAGCCCGAACCCGAAAUCACUCUCUGUCUUUAUAAUUUCUUCUCCUAGCAAGUACUGUUGCAAUAGGCUGUAUUUUAUAUAAGCAUAUAGGCAACAUUCAUAACAGUAUUGAAACAGUAAACAUACAGUUUUAACAAUUCACGGCAGCCCCUCAGUACAUUAGAGCAGAAGGAAAAAACAUUGCCUUACCGUUUAUGCGCUGAAACUUCACUUGGUGCAGAACAAUCUGGAAUAAUAUGAAACCAUGCAACACACCCCUCCAUGCAGCCUGAACUUGUUUAGAACUCUAAAUCUUUGUGACACCUUCGCUAAAAACAAUCUAGACGCAGCGUAACAAAGAGCGCAGGUGUCUCGACAUGCGUUUUUGAAAAUGUUAAGGUCUUUUUUAACUUGACACAGUGUUUAAAUGUGCCGGUCCUGCACGAAACGCUGAAGAAACAGUGAGACGCGAUGCUAUUGUCAAAGACAUUCAUCCAGCAUGUGUUUACAUAGGAAAACAGAGUAGAUGCACACAAAAACACAUGCGUGUCUGUGAGUGAUAGCGAUUGUGCGAAACAAGUUCAGUAGGCCUGUUUAUUUUUUCAUUAAUUACAAUCCCGACCCAAACCCGAAGUCCUGCUUUUAAAAAAUGAUUCGAACACAACCCGAAACCCUUUGGGUUCACGGGUCCUGUUGGGCCAUGGGUUGGUUGCAGACCUCUCAUACAAUGCAAGUGAAUGGUGGCCAAAACUUUGAAGGUCCAAAAA